AAUUUCAAUUCUAAUUUGGCAACUAUACACUAGUACACCAUUAGCUUACCAUAAAUAAGAUCAUAUUAUAAUACUAUAUAUACAUACACAAGUAAUCGAUAAUGGAAGCCAUUUUUUGGGAGCAACCCACUUUUCAGAUCUCUGAUUAAGGCAAUUCCACACGUUGUAUCGCGUAUGGCUAGCUUCAAGGCAUUUUUGAACAGUCCUGUUGGCCCUAAAACAACUCAUUUUUGGGGUCCCAUAGGCAAUUGGGGAUUCAUCAUUGCUGGACUCGUAGACACACAGAAACCUCCAGAAAUGAUAUCACGCAACAUGACCUCAGUAAUGUGUGUGUACUCUGCACUGUUCAUGAGAUUUGCAUGGAUGGUACAGCCGCGUAAUUAUCUACUAAUGGUAUCUCAUGCCUCGAAUGAGACUGUGCAACUUUAUCAGCUAUCGCGUUGGGCAAAAAGUCAAGGAUAUUUGAAGAAGAAAGCAGACAAAGCAGAGUGAUCUAGUGUUCUUUCCUGUUUAAUUCUGAACAUGUCUAUAGUUUUGGUAAUUUUCGAUAUCUCUGUUUGCACAGAUUUAUUGUCCUUGAUCAUCCAAGAGCUGAACUAGAACUCAAAGUAUUACAUAUGCCUCAGUAAAUAGCAUAAUUUGAAUGGCAAGAAAUGUUAGUAUGGAAGAAUUUAAAAUAUAUUUGUGAUUUCACCCGCACAAGAUUCAUUUCUUAUCA